UUUUUUUUUUUUUUUUUUUUUAGCCACAAAACUGAGUAGAAGGAAGCGAGCUCCAACAGUUCAGGUUUCAGAGCAGCUUCACCAAACCUCUCGCACGCACUAUUUCACACGUCUGUUUUCCUCUCCCAGCCAGACCUACUCGAGCAUUACAGGAUGCCUCUUGGAGGUGGAAACAAGUGCGGCUGCUGUCAGAAGACCGUCUACUUUGCAGAGGAAGUUCAAUGUGAUGGACGGAGUUUCCAUAAAUCAUGCUUCCUGUGUAUGGUGUGCCGGAAGAACCUAGAUAGCACUACUGUGGCCACCCAUGAAAAUGAGGUGUACUGCAAGUCCUGCUAUGGCAAGAAAUACGGGCCAAAAGGCUAUGGCUACGGCGCGGGUGCCGGGACGCUGAGCAUGGACAAAGGAGAGUCUCUGGGAAUCAAACAUGAAGUCGAUCAGCCGCACCAGCCCACCAACAACCAGAACACGUCCAAGUUUGCCCAGAGGUUCGGGGCUUCCGACGUGUGCCCUCGCUGCGGCAAAGCUGUGUACGCAGCCGAGAAGACCAUUGGAGCGGGAGCGUCUUGGCAUAAGAGCUGUUUCCGCUGUGCUAAAUGCGGGAAGGGCCUCGAAUCCACCACCAUGACGGACAAAGAUGGAGAGAUCUAUUGCAAAGGUUGCUAUGCUAAAAGCUUUGGUCCAAAAGGGUUUGGUUAUGGCCAAGGAGCCGGAGCUCUCUCUCAUGCUCAGUAGAAUGACGUAACCGAAACAUUUCUAUUCCAUACACCUUAUUUCACCUUGCCUGGAGAAAAAAAACCUCUUCACUGCAUGCGCUAAUAUUUACAGCAGCUUAAUUGAUAAAAAAAAACAACCCCCCCCCCCCCCCCCCCCCCCCAAAAAAAACCUCAACUUACCUAUGACCGCACCAAAGUCAUUGCUAUCACAUGUUGAGUAUGUUAACAAAAUGUAAAAUCUUGCCAGCUAGCUAAUUGUAUCAUCAGCCAUGGUAUUUAAUAUAGCUAGCAGGCUAGAAUUACACAUUAAAAAUAAAUAGCUAGCUUGGUAAGUCGCACGUUCAGCUUUUUGUAGCUAUGAAACUUUGUGGCGUGCAACUUCUAGCAACUUGUGGCAUGAAAAAUAACCGCCGUGUCGCGUCAACACUUUCUUAAAGAGAUUUACACGGCGAAAUGGAGCAAGGUGAAGAACACAGGCGCAAAUCGUUUCACCUGCAAGUUAUCGACUCCUUUCCGAAUAGGGCUUUGCAUGUUGAUCAUUUGCUAUAAAGUGGACUUAAAAAAAAAAAAAAGAUUUUCAUCCAUGAACCCAUAUCCAUAUGCACACAUUUAUUGCAGUCGAAAAUAUAUUCCUUUAUUUACUACCAACAUUUUAAUGCCUACUUUUGAAAUAAUCAUGUUUUUAUGUUUAAUACAGAAAUAUAGUGCACAAACAUUUUUUAUAUCCAUGAUGACUCAUUAAAGUCUUUUCCUAACUGGG